GUGCGACAGCGCCACCAUGUGCGAGUUGUACAGCAAGGAGACCACAAUGGCGCUGCGGGGCAAGUACAUCGGCUGCGCCCACUGUGGCAUCUCCGCCGGUCCCAGGCCCUCCUGCACCGUCUUCUUCCCAGAGGACCCGGUGAAGAUUGUGCGUGCUGAGAGACAGUACAUGUUCGACGAGCGCGGCCAGCGCUACCUGGACUGCAUCAACAAUGUGGCCCACGUGGGGCACUGCCACCCCGAGGUGGUGGAAGCCGCCCGGAGGCAGAUGGAGCUGCUGAACACCAACUCCCGCUUCCUGCACGACAACAUCGUGGCCUACGCCCAGCGCCUGGCGGCCACGCUGCCCCCCCAGCUCUGCAUCUGCUACUUUACCAACUCGGGAUCUGAAGCCAAUGACUUAGCCUUACGCCUGGCUCGUGGGUUCCGGGGCCGCCAGGACGUGAUCACCCUGGAGCAUGCCUAUCACGGCCACCUGUCAUCUUUAAUUGAGAUCAGUCCGUAUAAAUUCCAGAAGGGCAAGGAUGACCACAAGGAGUUCGUGCACGUGGCGCCAGCUCCUGACACGUACAGAGGGAAGUACAGAGAGGACCACGCGGACCCGGCCGGCGCCUACGCGGACCAGGUGAAGGAGAUCAUCGAAGACGCACACCACAGAGGCAGGAAGAUUGCUGCCUUCAUCGCGGAAUCCAUGCAGAGCUGCGGCGGACAAGUUCUGCCCCCGGCAGGCUACUUCCAGAGAGUGGCAGAACUCGUCCGCGGUGCAGGGGGCGUGUUCAUCGUGGACGAGGUCCAGGUGGGCUUCGGCCGCACGGGGAAGCGUUUCUGGAGCUUCCAGACGCACGGCGAGGACUUCGUCCCAGACAUCGUCACCAUGGGGAAGCCCAUGGGCAACGGCCACCCCCUGGCGUGUGUGGUGACAACCAAAGAAAUCGCGGACGCCUUCCACGCCUCCGGGAUGCAGUAUUUCAACACGUUUGGAGGAAACCCAGUGUCCUGUGCAGCCGGUUUGGCUGUCUUGGAUGUAAUGGAAAAAGAAGACCUCCGAGGAAAUGCUGCUCGAGUAGGAGCCUACCUUACAGAGCUGCUGAACGAACAAAAGGUCAAGCACGCGCUGAUCGGGGAUAUCAGGGGUGUCGGCCUAUUCAUCGGGAUUGACCUCGUGAAGGACCGAGGGAGGAGGACCCCCGCUACUGCCGAGGCCCAGCACGUCAUCUACAAGAUGAAAGAGAAACGAGUGCUGCUUAGUGCCGAUGGGCCUCACCGAAACGUGCUCAAAAUAAAGCCACCCAUGUGCUUCACCGCAGAAGAUGCUGAGUUCCUGGUGGAGCAGCUGGAUGGGGUGCUGACAGUUCUGGAAGAAUCCAUAGGAACGCAAACCGAACCGGCGAUCUCGGGGAACACUGCACACGGAACAAAGAUGCCUGAGGAAGCCCGCAGGGAACUGCCCGGUGGAGCCCCCAACUCCACAGAAAUUGCCAGCAGGAGGAGAAAUGGCGCAUGCAGGGAGACACAUUCACCAGCUGGCAAAAGGCUCAGGACAUGAGAGCGCGCACAGCCUGGGGAGCUCGCCACUCCCUGCUGCUCCUAUGGGCCUCACUCAGCCCCGCCCCACCCCGUCCCACCCCUAGAUUUGUGAAUGGAAAGGUCACUGAGUCACAGCAGUAAACCCAGACAUACGUCAGACAUCAGACCUGUCAGGGUCUUCAGCAGCCUCCCCUCUGUCAGCUCCUCUUCUGAGACCCUCUGAGCUUGAGAACUGAUUCUGUAAUUACAGGGAAGUCUGCAAACACCACCUCAGGGCCAGGCUGGCUCCUCCUCAUGUCCUAAUGGUUGCAGUUAGAGAGCCAGGAUAAUAAACUCCUUAGCCGUGGGGACUUAGUGCAUUAAACUACAAAUUCCAUGAGACUUAAUAUAUAAAAAUGUAUUUAUGAACUGUGAUUAAAGGUAUUACAAAUAAAAAUUACUAGAAAAGUAUUUGCCUUUUUUGCAGAGAAUGUUAAGGACUUGGGGGGGGUGAUAAGAUCAAAAUGAUUUAGAAAAAAACACAUGCAGCAAAUACUAAAAAGUGAACGAAGCCAGGCAUGACAGUACACACCUGUUAUCCCUGUACUUGAGAGGCUGAGGCAGGAGGAUCACAAGUUCAAGUCAGAAUUCUGAGUUUUUGAGUUUACUUUUCCUAUGAUUCACUCUUGUCUUCCAAAAAGUUCUUAAGUUUUGUGUUUUGUUUUUUAUUCCAUAAUAAAGAGACAAUAACUUUGCCAUGGCUUGUUAAC